AUUGUGAGUACAGUGCUUCUGAAGUUGCUGCUUGGCAGCUUAGCAAAUAUUUUCAUCUUGAUGGUGAAUGCUGUCGGAAUAUGGCAAGGCAGGAGUCUGCCAGCCAUUGAUUUAAUCACAAUAAGCAUUGUUCUCACAAACCUCCUAAUACAAGCCAGUGUGUUUUACAUGUUGAUAAACAUGCUUCUUCAAAGCUGGGCCUUGGCAAAACUGAUAUCAUUUAUCUUUAUGACAGCCACACAAGGAAACAUUUGGUUCACAACUUGGCUUUUUGUCUACUACUUCAUCAAGAUAGCUAAUUUCUCCUGCAGACUCUUCAUCCAGCUCAAACAACAGAUUGCCAGAGUGGUACCUUGCCUUGUUAGUACUAGCAUGAUGUUCAGCCUUUGUUCAAGUGGCAUCAUGGUAUUUUAUAGCCUCCCAACAAGUUUGUGGAACACAACAAUUAUUAAUGGUGCAGACGUCUUGUCAAAUAAUAUUUCUACUAACGGUAUUCCUAUGAAUGUCUAUGUAACUGGUGCAGUGAUAUAUAGUAUCCCCUUUACUGCCAUGUCGGUAACCAGCUCCAUCCUCAUUAUGUUCCUUAGGCAGCAUACCAGGCGCUUAAUGACAAUCUCUGAUGGCUUCUCUAGAGCACGGCUGGCUGCUUAUUUCCGUAUAGCUGAAAGGCAGAACAGUGCAGCUGUGGACGAAGAAGAUUUAGAGUGUGGACCUGAUGUUUGA